GAGGGGUGUGUUAGUCACGGCGCGUCGGAAAAUUCGAGUUCGUGUGCUCGCGUAAAUUUUCAUUCGAAUUUUAAAAAUUUUGCGGAAUGUUUUGUGCAAGUGUUUUUAUGCGUGGAAAUAACUUUGGGAUGCCUUAACCGCCGGAUGUUUAGAGGUCACCGAGCGCCGCUCUACUCAAAGGCGGCGUUCGCAAAUAGAGUGACUAAAUAAGACUUGACCAUAAGGUUUCGUAAAUCAAUUGGCGUCCGACAGACAUCAUAGUUCAACGUACAACACGAGAAGAUAAACAAAGAUGGAGCAAUUUCUGCAAAGGAUGAUGUACGUCUGUAUUGUAAUUUCACUCGUGAACCAGAUGUCGAUAGCUGUCCAAGCGAGAGACAAUAGUAAGAGACGUACCAAAGAGAAAUCGGGCGGCUUUCAAAAGAAUAUAUGCGAUAUCACGGAUCGCGAUUCAAAAGUGCACUGCUAUUGUGAGAACACGCGGGAGCCCAGAAACGCGACAAAGGCGGAAUGCUGGGUAUUCAACGGAGGUAUACCCCGCGACGACCUCAUCUGGCAAAGUUUCGCGACACAGCCGGCUUUGCAAAGUUUGUCUUUCAACGUCCGUGUCGAUGGCGCACUAGGAUACGUGCCGACCAAAGCGCUCCAGUACUUACAGAGACUUAAAUCCAUAAAUAUCAAGUAUGGAAAUAUUGUUGAUAUUAGCACUUACGCGUUCGCCAACUUAACCAAUUUAAAAGAAGCAUCACUAUCGCAGAACCAAAUUGAAACGCUGCAACAGUAUGCGUUCGCGCAUUUGCCCAAUUUGACAGUUGUAAACUUGGAGGAGAACAUGAUAUUAGAAAUAGGGAGAGACUCGUUUUACGAUGUGCCAAAAUUGCAGAAACUUGUGUUGUCAAAGAAUAAUAUUUCUUCAAUAAGCAACGGGGCUUUCCAACACGCGUUCAAUCUACUGGAAUUGGAACUCAAUAAGAACAAUAUAUUCCACUUGAAUAGACACACGUUUGAUGGAUUGGCAAAUUUACGUAGAUUGGACCUCAGAAAGAACCGCGUGUACAAUUUAACUGAGUUCACGUUCGCUGAAUUAUGGAACUUGCAGGAGUUAUUGUUGGGGAAGAAUGAUUUAAAAUAUAUAUCAGAGAGAGCGUUUGAUGGGUUAUCCCAACUUCGGAAGUUGUCCCUCGAUGAUAAUAAACUGGGGUCGCUUCCCUCCGGCCUGUUCGAGGGCGUGAGGGGUCUCAGCUCCCUAGACCUGCGUUCCAACGAGCUCCACGCUCUAACUUUUGACAACAUCAAGCCCAUAUUGGAUAAUUUGAAGCCUUCAGGCAGCAAUUUACUCUUGGAAGAAAAUAACUUCGUUUGCGACUGCAGGCUGAAGUGGAUGCAUUCUCUACGAAACGAGACAAAAAGCCAGAACACGAAAGAUUCCUUGGAAGGUGUCACAUGCAAGAUGGAUCCACCAAUAGUCAGCUCCGCAUAUAACAAGAUACCAGAAGAAACAUCAAAUGCUAAUCAAGACAAUCAUUAUAAUGAAAAUGCUGUAGAUAUAUUCACCAAAACAAAUUCAACAGAUAAGAAAGUGGAUGAAUAUAAUGCACUAAGUGAUACAAGCGCGAAGAAAGGCGUUAAAAGGAACGUACUAAAGAUAGCACCAGAAACACUGCCUUGUCCUGUUGAUACCAAAAAGACUACUGAGCUACCACAUUAUAUAAUAGAUCCAGUUAUUCCAAUACAAAAUGAAAUGAAGACCUUCAGGUAUCAAGAAAUGAAUGCAGCCAACAAAAGGCCAUCCAUAACAAGCCUUGUUUUAUGGAGUUUUUCUUUUGUGUUUUUCUUCACUUAGGUGUUAGAUUUACGAAUCUAGUCAUUAUUAUAAGUGAGAUACAGACUAUUUUACAUUUUAAAGCUAAAAAUUGUAAACGCAAUUUAAAUUUAGUAUGUACACGGCAAUAAAUUGAAACCGUAAUUAGUAUUGACAUGGAUGUUAAUUGCAAUUGUAAGCUAAAAGUUAUUAUCCGAUCAUAUAUAAAGCAUGAUAAAUAUUUUAUUAACGUCAAUAAUUAAAGUUUCGAAUAUAAGAGAGAACAUCGGCAAUAAGGAUUGGAGGUUAUUUUAAUUUUCAAAAAUUAAUGGAAUUCUGAUAUAACUGUGCUUUCAUAAUAAAGAUUUCAUUAAUAUAUUUGUAUAGAAAAAUACAAAAAGAUUUCUAAUAUCUCAUUCUCUCUCUUCAUAUUGUGACGUCAUCCACUUAUAAAAUGAAAAUUAACCGUUAUGGCUGAUAAAUCACUAUUUUUAUUGCUACAUUUGGUUACUACAUUUAUUAUCUUUAGAAUGGAAUCUAAAGGUCAUUCAUUUUGGGCCCUUUUUGAAAGUGCCGGCCAAAAAAAUAAAUUAUACGUAUCGAUAUAAUAUAUGCCAUUUGCAACAGUAGUUACUACGGCAUAAACGCUGUAGUAUAGCUCUGAGUCAAGUUAUACAGUUUCGAUGAUUAGUUAAAUCCAUAUCUUUUAUUUAUUAUGAAACUCAAUAAAAUGUAUAGAAGUGACGAGUCAUCGAACCUUAAUAACUUGCUUCAGACCAAUCCUACAAUAUUUGAGCCAUACUAACUAUUGCUCCAAAUGGGCAGUUCCAGCGAUACGUAUCAGCUUCUUUUCUUUUAAAUUUGACAAAAUGUAUGGAAAUAACGAAUCGUCGAACCUUUAUAACUUGGUUCAGAGCCACCCGACAACUUUUAUGCAUAUUAGGUAUUGCUCUAAAUGACUUAUUCUAACGAGUCGUGCCAUUUUUUUUUUGAUGGCUGGCACUUUCAAAAAUAGCACACAAAUGUAUGGAGCGUGAAUGAUCUCCUUUCUUUGUUUUGUAUUUUUUUUAAUGUUUUAAUAUCGUAAUGUCAGUUCACAAACUAUAUGUACCAUGAUAAGGGAAAUGAAAUUAAAUGACUUUAUUUAGAUCUAAAUACAUAGCUUUAAACCACAAAACAUUAUUCACUAAUAAGUUGUAUUUUAAUAAAUUCAAGGAGAUUUUACUGCAAAUUUACGUUUUGUUUACUACGAACUUAUUUAUUUUCUCGUUUAUGAUUUAAUAUACGAAUUAUAAACAUUUAUUUAGUUUAAGAUACUUUCGUUUAUUAAAAAUAAACACAGGGACAUUAAAAAACGAUACUCUAAGAAUAUAUAAUGCAAGAGAAUAUAGAUAAAUUUAAAUCGUGUUUACGAUGAAUAAAGUUAUAAUUAAAUUUAAGAUAAUUAUAUUUAAGUGAGCACACAAAAACUUUUAAAGUAAGUAUUAUGAGAAUGUAAUAUAUUCACCAUAAAAUAAAAUAAAUGUUGUAAAUUGAUAAAAGUGUUGUAAAUGAAACUGUGUUAGAAUUAUUUAAAUUUAUGUUUAAUUUUGUCCGAAUAUUUAUAAUAGCUUUAUAAUAUUUAUCAAAAUUAUAUUAU